GAAGGCUCCAGUGGCAGGGCCCGCGUGCGCCAACGCCACCCAAGACAGCGCUUCGUGGCCCCUCCGUAGCCAUUUUGGCUCAAGCCAUUCAGGCUCAAGCCUCUUAGCGCAAGCAUGACAUUGUAAGUUGCUGGAGUGCGUGCGAGGGAUGCUGGACAAGCCGUAUCGUACACGGGGGGAUGUUCGUUUUGCUGGCAUACCUUUUCUUUGCCAGCGCAACAGGCGCCGCCUUCAGUCAGAAGGAAGCUACGUUCUACAUGCAUUUGAAUGCAAUUUCUAUGUGCUCGCCGGAUCAUGUUGCAUCGUGGGAUUGUGGCAUCGAUUGCGACGCAUCAUCAGCGAAUAUAGUUCAUGGCAGUCUCCGCAUUCUGGGUCCAAGUACUAUCUACCAUGCGCGAGGUUUUGUUAUACAGCGUCAACGUGCCGAGCCCCAGAGCGCAAAGGAGUGCAUUGCAAUAUUCGCUGGGACUUCGUUUUACGAUAUCCAAAACAUCCGAGCUGACGUGGAGGCGUGGCUCACGCCAUGGCCUUCGUGGCAAAUCCACACAAGAAACGGCACUCAUCAAAGUUCGUGCCCAUCAUGCAAAGUUCACCAUGGAUUCGCGUCUGCGUACGGCGAGCUACGAGAGUCUCUGUUCCAUCAUCUACAGGACUUGCAAUGCGGUGCAGUUGCCUUCACGGGACACUCCUUCGGGGCAGCGCUCGCAACGCUGGCAUCUUUCGAUCUCCGUGCCUGCUGCAGUUUUAUGCGGGUGUCUGGUGUAUGGACUUUUGCUUCGCCACGCGUUGGCAACUCAGCGUUCGUAUCGGCUUACAGCAAGUACUCGAUAGAAGAGUUCCCGCCCAUGUGGCGCGUUGUGCGCCAGUAUGACUUGAUUCCGCAGUUGCCGCCGUCGUGGCUCGGCUUCGAACACGCCCCAGUACAGGUGUGCUAUUCGACGCCUGUAGCCAAUGUUUCAGAUGUUCACAUUUGCACCGAUCCACAAGCUUGCGCCACAAAUUCUCAUUGCAGAUACGCAUACGGCUCUAUGGCGUAUCACCAUGGUUACUUCGGAGUUCCUCGCACAGACGAGGAUGAGGCGCCAGAGUCGUGCAUUCCCAUCGGGGAGCUGCAACGGCAACGAGGCAGGAGGUUCCAAUUUCUCCUCAUUGUAGUCGUGCUAUUCAUGUGUAUUGUUGUCUGCUUGAGUGUUCUAUGUGUCUGGUGUUGUCGAGAUCCUGAUGCGUCUGGAUGUCAGGAUCAAGGCCGCGAAUGGUGUGACAGCAGUGUAACAUCUUCAGAAGGCACUGAUACGUCUGAGAUGCUGACGCUGAUGCGAGAAGACAGCGGCUUUUGGCUAUGAGCAUGAGAUGCAGACGACGUCGGGGAAAAUUCAUGCUCAAAGCCUUCGAACCUACAGUGCAUCUGCUGAGGCGAGGCGUCUAGGACAGCUGGGCAUACAGAGCACCUGGAGUGGCUUGAGGAAUGGGCUCGAACCCCCCCAACAAAAGGAUGAGGGCUGACCUCGAGAAAGGGUUGGGCAUACUCGGGCUCAGAGGUUUGCAUAGCCACCGUCUGCCGGGGUCUCCGAAGGCGGGCUCCCAGGCGGUGGUGACGGACACCUCUCCGCCGCGCACACCGAGGCCGGCGUGAGCUCCUGUCCUCUCGGAGCAGGGCUCGCUGUCGGUGCUGUUGAUUUGUGUCUCGCUGCGGAGGCGCAAGCGGUUCGUCGACCACCGUCAGUCGACCCUCCAUCUCCUUCUGCGACGCAGCCAUGCUGUCGUGCUAUGCACUGCUGGAGGGUGGAGUUCUGAAUCUUUCAAGGCCCAUGCCAUUCGUUGCCUCUUGUCAUGUUGUGGCUCGGAGGUCGGGGUCACCCAUUCGUCCUUGCUUGUGAAAAAAAGACAGCGCUUCGUGGCCCCAUAGGGAGCUCCACCGAAGGCGACAGCGGCGCAGUCCGCAGGCGCCAACGCCACCCAGGAUAGCGU